UUACAACUUUCAUUGUGACUCGUAACAAUGUCUAAAUCAACGCUGUUAGCAAUAUUACUUCUUGCUUUUUUGGAAAUUGCUCUUGGACAAAACUUGUUCAAUGCAUUCAACGCAUGCAAGUCUGGCUUUGGCGUGGAUAUGGACACGUUCAAUGCAUUAAAAAGUGGCGACUUUUCGGUUAGAUCUCCUUUAGUUGAGUGUUUUGGUGAAUGUUUGGUUAAGAAAGCUGGUUUCAUGAAUGAAGACCUAAGUUUCAACAAAGGCACGAUAGUAAAUUUUGUGAAGCGUUUCAUCAAACCGGCGGCUGCUGAAGAAGUGUACGCGAAAUGUACGACCGAUGUGGAACCAGCACUUUGUACGAUGGCAUUCGACGUUUAUCAGUGUAUUUACGAGAACGCUUAUGCGAAAUGGGGAACGAAGAAGACGGAAUGACAAAUCGGUUGAAUAGA